GGUUCAAGUUCGUCGUCUUGCAAGGGUCUAGAGUUGGACACGUAUUAUAUCAGACUCGCUUCAUUAUGUAUAAUAUGUCGCUUUUAAUUCGCUUUCUGCAAGUGUCUGCACGACCUUGCAGAAGUUGGGCAAAUAUUUGUCUUGAUUAGGUGCUGUACCUGACUGAGCUUCUAAGUUAUCGACCCCGACUGCCAGGCGCGGUUCCAAAUCACAGCACCUUGAACGACUUCUGGAUUUCCAUCCAAAGAAAUGGCUGAAGCACAAAGCGGCCCUUCUAAUGGUCGCAAACGCAAGUAUCGAUCAGACGGGGUAUCACCCACCUGGGUAAAGCGAACAAUCGAAGGCCCAGGAAUCUGGGCAACCUGCGUAAAAGGAAAGGAAAAAGGGACAGUCGGCGAGCUUUACGAUCUUUUUGAAUCACUAGCUGCCGACAUGUGGCCCGUAGAAGGGCAUAAUCCCUCUGCUAACGAUCGGGAUAAUGGCUCGGACGGGAAAGAGAAUGAAGACGACGAUCUAGAAACGCAGAUUGCAAAAGAGGUCGCUGCGUUGAAGCGGCCAAAAGUGGAGAAGAGGUUUGCUAACUGCCUGACAAACACCCAAUGCGGUACGAGUGCACGCCUAUUACCUUCUAUCAGCCCAACUUAUCCUGACUGUUUUGACGCAGUAAUUUUCAUGUCAUGUAAACCCCCUGUGGACCCAGUAAAAUUGGUGAUGAAACACGUAGAAAACGUUCAAGAAACGGGCGUCACGAGGACAAAAUACACGCAUCGGCUCACCCCAGUCUCCGGUACAUGCGUUGCGAACCUUCCAGAGCUCCAUUCCUUAUGCCGUCGAACGGUUGCUGCGUACUGUGCCCAAGAGGACACCGAAGGGUCCCCAAGGGCUCGCAAGUACAAAAUCGAGUUACGCGUACGCAACCACAACACGCUAACACGAAUGGAGAUCAUCCAAGAAGUAGCUAAAUGCAUGCCAUCAAAUUAUACUGUCGACCUCGACGACCCUGAUGUGUUCGUUCUGGUAGAAGUCUUCAAGAGCACCUUUGGCGUGAGCAUUGUUGAAGAUUAUUAUCGGUUUCAAAAAUUCAAUGUCAUGGAACUGGCGAAUGCGCAUAAUGAACCGGAAAGAUUCGAGAUAGGGGCGGGGCGCGUACAAGAUAAGAAGCAUGGAGAUGAUGACGGGACUGUGUAGGUGAUGGCUGCGGCGACAUUUCAUUGCACAGGAGAUAACUAUCUCAUGAGGCUGUCCAAUAUCUGACCAUGAUUAUGGGACU